GGAAGGGGCGGAGCGCCAGCGGCUGCCCGGUUCCCAGCGCGGCUCGGGAAGAAGCUGCGGCUGCGGGAGGCGUAAAGUGUGGGCCCGGCGGCCACUUCGCCCCGGCCCCUCCCGGUCACGGCCGUCAGUCCGGGGCCCGCGGGUCUACGGACACCCUCGGCGCGCGAGCGGCGACACCAGGUCCAUGGCCACCGCGGCGGCUCCGUCAUCCUUGGCCCUGAGGGCCUCGACCCCGGCCGCGGCCCCCAGCUCGUAUGGGGUCUUCUGCAAGGGGCUCUCCCGCACCCUGCUCGCCUUCUUCGAGCUGGCCUGGCAGCUGCGCAUGAACUUUCCGUACUUCUACAUCGCGGGCUCCGUGGUCCUCAACAUCCGCUUGCAGGUACACUUUUAGCGCCCUGAUGAAGCGGCCGGCAUGGCGGGCCUGCAUGAUGGCCGACUCCCAGGAGGCCCCGCGGCGCGGCGGAGCUGAGGGCGAGGAAGUCCGCUGUCUCGCGAGAGUGCCUGGGCGCCGUCCGCGGCUGCGCUCGCCGCUCGCAGCUCCCAGCCCGACUCCGGGACUGUCACCGAGACCCUGCCCAAAGAGGAGGAGGAAACUCGCGAUUCCGGGAACGGGGAGCUUUUUAAGAAGCUGUGCGUCCUUGAAAUAAAAACAGGACGAACGGGGUGCGUUGUAAAAAGGGAAGGCUACUAAAAUUUUCAAGACAGAAGUGUGCAACGAGCUCAUGGUCCAUUUUAAUUUAAUCCAUCAAUUUCGGGAGUGUGAGACUGGAAUACAAUAAGCAGGACGUUGAAUGAGUAAGAAGCUGAAGAUCUUGAGGAUUUGCUGCGGAAGGCUUAUAUUUCUUCAUCCCACACAAGAAAACAAUGACAAUCAGAAACUUUCAGUAGGAAAAAAAACUGUAGAGGAAACACAACCUUCAAAUACAAAACAAUGUAAAAUGCUGCAGGAUUUUGAACAGAGGGUUGGAGUGUAAGAAAGGGGCCUCUGUUUCAGGGUCCCUGUAAGUAGCAUGCAGUUCAAGACCUUGGAGCCACAGAGAAGGAAAUCCAGUCAUAGCACAAAGCUUGGCGAUGUACUGACUAACGUUUAAAUUAUCAUAAUGCUGUUAAUGCUGUUUAUGUUUUUCAUCUUUUUAAGAGAAUGCUUGAUUAUGGUUACAAAGUUGAAUGCAAAUGUUAUCAGCCUUCAUGAUGUAAAAGUACGGUUUACAAGUGAGAAUGUGGGGCGGGGUGGGGGGGUUGAAAAGGUACAUGGAAUGGUAGUAGUCCUUAUAAAGUGGGAAGAUGAGAGAUACAGUCUUUUGUCGACAGGUGAAGAGGGCAUUUUAUUAUUUAAAGAGUAGCCAUAAAGUUGCUAAAAUAGUAAUAUAACUGUAUGAAAGGAAGGAGAGGAAGGGAGAACAGCAUGAGGUCAGUAAGAAGUGCCUAAGAUGAGAGUUCAGGUGGAAUGUCUCAAAAAGAAAAAUGUUAGAUUACCAGCUGUGUUGAAUAUAGAGUCAAGAGAUUAUUUUAGAGAGUCUGGAGACAAAUUAGUCGUCUGCAAGUUUUUUUCUAAUUAAGGGAGCAAAACUGAGGUAAUUAUGAACCCCAGGAAAAAUAAAAAGCUUUUCAAGUACUACACCCGCUUAACUCAACCAUGAAUAACAUUAGUCAGAAAGUCAGUCAUAAUUAUGUAAACACAACACACAUUAUAACAUUACUAGGUAUCACUGUGGGGGAGUUGGAGAGGAGAGAGAUGUGUAUGUAAUGGAAAACAAAUCAAAAUUUGAUACAGAAAAGUUGAUUUUAAAAAGCAGUAUAACAUUUGCUUAGAAGUACAAUAAGAAACAGCUUAGAGUUAAAAGUGAUUGUCUCUGAAGAAGGAAAAUCUGGGAUGGGCAGAGACCGGUGGAGGACUGCUGUUUUUCACUACCAGUCUUUUUGAUUUUUCUUAGCCAUGUGUGUAAUGUAUGUAUCAGGCAGACCUGGGUUAAAAUACAAACCAAUUUUGUGGUCCAGGUGAGUCCAUUAAUCUGCCUAAACUCCAGUGUCCUCAAUUCUAUUAAGUGAGAGUAAAACUACCCACCUUGAAAAGUCAGUCUGAGAAUUAAAAAUAAACCUGACUUAGUGCUUGACAUAUACACAAUAAAGAAUACUUGUAAUAAAAUAUCUCAUUAACUUGCAAAUAAAACUUACAAACUCUCA